GACUGCUCGAAAAUCUGGGCGCACAAGGCACGAGCCAUUAUCCAGUUUCAUUAUUCAGAAAAAAUGGCGGCCAUAGUAAUGGCGGCAGCGUACCCUGGCGCUGCUCUGUAUGCAAAGUCACAGUUACCAUUGUCAUCUUCUUCCAUUAGAAAAGAUUUAAAGCAUCUUCUUCCUACUCAAUCACUAAUAAUUAUUCGUUAUCCCCAAAUUAUAUCAGCUUGUUAUUCUCAGCCUUCUUCUUCCCCAGGAACUCCGUUCAAUUUCAAACCCUCAACUAAGCUUUUUGUUAGCGGACUUUCAUUUCGUACAACUGAAGAAAGCUUAAGAAGUGCUUUCAAUAACUUCGGGGAGCUCGUUGAAGGUUUAAAAGUCAAUUUGAUGAUGGACAAAAUUGCCAAUAGACCAAGAGGAUUUGCUUUCAUUCGUUAUGCUACGGAGGAAGAAUCACAGAAAGCAAUUGAGGGAAUGCAUGGCAAGUUUCUGGAUGGCAGGGUAAUUUUUGUAGAAGUCGCUAAGCCUAGAUCUGAACUUCGUCGAGGGCCUAAUCACAACAGCAGACAAUGAUGUAGACAUGCAUCCCUAAUCAAGGCUUAUCUCUGAGGUUGGUAAGAACACUCUUGUGAAGGAGAAAAACAAAAGAGAUUCAAUAGUGGACACGGACGCGCUUCAUUCACCCAUAAAUCAAUCAUCGUGCAUCUCUACGUUUAUCAGAAUAUAUGUCACCAGUUUCUGCCCAAUUUACUGUACAGAGGGAUGAAGAUUGCGUAAUCUAUACUCAUAUUGGCAAAACUGUGAUCAUUAUUGGAUUUCUAAUCCUUUCUCAGGCAAUUGUGCAAUUACUAAUAUAUGGUAGAACAUUUUUCUUAAUUUUCGUAUCUAUUCGUGUAGAUCUUUUGUAUCGUAAAUGCUGAUGAAACGGCCCCUUGCUUAUUUUCAGCUACUUAUCAA